AUGGCUGCUGUUGACGUCAAGGAGGCCGUGGCCUCCAAGCCGGAGGGCUUCAACCUGUACUCCCGCUUCGCCCUGGCCGGCGCUGUGUGCUGCUCGGUCACGCACGGCUCGCUGACGCCCGUCGACGUCGUCAAGACCCGCAUCCAGCUCGAGCCGGAGGUCUACAACAAGGGCAUGAUCGGCAGCUUCCGCCAGGUGGUGCAGAACGAGGGUGCCGGCGCCCUGCUGACGGGCAUGGGCCCGACGUUUGCCGGGUAUUUCCUGCAGGGCGCCUUCAAGUUUGGCGGCUACGAGUUCUUCAAGCAGCAGAGCAUCAACCUGGUCGGCCUCGAGAAUGCGUCCAACUACCGGACGACCGUCUACCUGGCCUCGUCCGCGGCCGGUGAGUUCUUUGCCGACAUUGCGCUCUGCCCGCUCGAGGCCACGCGCAUCCGGCUCGUGGCCGACCCGACGUACGCCAACGGCCUCGUCGGCGGCUUCAGCAAGAUCCUCAAGACCGAGGGCGCCGGCGCCUUCUACGCCGGCUUCGGCCCCAUCCUGUUCAAGCAGAUCCCCUACACCAUGGCCAAGUUCGUCGUGUACGAGAAGGUCGCCGAGGCCGUCUUCCGUCAGUGGCCCAAGAAGGACAUGAGCGACUCCAUGCAGACCGUCGCCAACCUCGGCUCCGGUCUCAUCGCCGGUUUCGCUGCCGCUCUCGUCUCCCAGCCGGCCGAUACCAUGCUGUCCAAGAUCAACAAGACCAAGGGCGCCCCCGGUGAGGGCACCACCACCCGCCUGAUCAAGAUCGCCAAGGAGCUCGGCCUGCGCGGCUCCUACACCGGCAUCGGCACCCGUCUGUUCAUGGUCGGCACCCUGACUUCGCUGCAGUUUGCCAUCUACGGUGACCUCAAGAAGGCCCUCGGUGCCACCGGCGGUGUCGAGAUCUCGAAAUAG